AUGCACGCCAAGACCGCUCUUCUAGCCGCCGCACUGGGCCUGGCCUCCACCGCCUGCGCCGAACAGGAUCGGCCCAAGAUCUACUUUCCACGUCACAUCAAACGAGAAAUUACGAAUUCGACGAGUACGACACAGGAGACCUUUCCCACCGCGCCCGAGAGCACUCCUUUCGAGCCCACGUCGUCAGCCUCCAUCAGUUCGACGUUUGGUGACAUCCUCACCGGCCUAUCGGAUUCUCUCUUUGGCUCGUCGUCGACCGUUCCCACGCCGUCGACCGUUCCCACGCCGUCGCCGACUCCCACCAUCUCCUCGGCCCCCGAAUCCACACCCACGACGACCGUUUCUGCCACACUUUCGACUCUCCCCGAUGGCAGCGUGACGACCGUCAUCAUUUCGAGUACGGUCAUCUUCGACCCGACAGACAAGACUGACACGACGAGUUCCGCCGGAGUCUCCUCCAGCCUUCCUCCGGUGACUGUUCUGCCGACGACCAGCGAAUCUUCGACAGUUUCCAGCGAAGCUCCCUCGACCUCACAGGCCGCCGCGACCACCCCGUCCACGUCGACGACUCCCGAGACAACUACCACCACCCAAUCCAGUGCCGCCACGACCUCUUCCGAGGCUGUUCAGCCGUCUGCGCCUGCGCCCAGCGCUGUGGAGUCUGUCCAGACAUCUGGUGCUCCUUCCAGUACUUCCAAGGCGGUUGAUUCGUCCUCCCAGACUUCCAGCACGGCCGACGUCGUCCCGUCUUCAACAGCGCAGGUUACUUCUACCACUUCUGUCCAGUCAACUAGCACGGCCGAACCAUCAUCCUCCGCACCGACCAGCGAUGCCGCGAGCUCAACCGCCGAGGCCGUUUCCUCGACUCGAGCUGCUUCGAGCACCGAAGCUGUUUCCUCCACCCAGGCUGUGGCAAGCGAGUCGAUCACGGCCGUGUCCUCGUCCGGUAUUCUUCUGGCUCCUACGGGCGUCGUGUCCCAGACUUCCAGCACGGAGGCUACCACCUCUGCCGAGCGGGCCCAGCGCUCUUCAACUGCGAACCCAGAGACUACCAGCGUUGUUCCCAAUGCCAACGCUACCGAACCUGUCGUGUCGUCAUCCCCGAGCUCCGUCGUUCUCACGGUCGAGACUACCAACUCCGCCGCCGUCCAGGUGACCUUGGGCGGUUCCACUGGAACCACCUCUGCUACCGUCUCGGAGAGCAGCAAGCCUACCAACCCGCUGGACCCCAUUGUAUCCUUUGUUUCCAGCCAGGUAGCCGUUCCCACGAACCUCACCGAGCCCAUCGCCAACGCAACGUCGUCUCAACCUGCUGUUGUCUCAACUUCCGACAUUGUCAUCCCCACGCCUACUGCUCUCCCGGCUCCCACCGACCCGACCUCAACGAGACUGCCCAUCCCGACUGAGCCUGUGGCCAACGUAACCUCCUCCGCCGAGGUCUCCACCGCCCCCACCGCGUCUCUUCCGGCACCCACUGAGCCCGUCACCAAUGGUACAUCUUCCAUCGAGAUCUCUACGAAGCCCACCAUCAGUCUCCCCAUCGCCAGCAGCGAGCCGGUCGUCAACAUCACGUCCUCGACCCAGAUUCCCGUGUCUGUCUCCACGACCGCUCUCCCUACUUCCGACGUUGUCAACGUCACCUCGACUGAGGUUCCCGUCGGACACUCGAGCACCAGCGCUUCGGUCACCAUUACAGACAGCACCACUAUUUCUGUCCCGACGACUAGCGCUACCCGCUCCAUCGAGAUCCCUGUGAACAGUACCUCUACCGAGGCCCUGCCGACUACCACGCUGCUCCCGACCCUGUCCGAGCUCCCCACAGCCUCCACCACCAUUAGCAACGGGACGCAGACGGACAGCGUUACUCUGCCCCCUACGGCCACGGCUUCCACCCUCUCGUUGAGCUCAGCCGCUAACGAGACGGCCACGGCCACUAACGUUGUGCCGUCUACCACCGAGUCUCGCAGCUCGGCCACUGAGCCUGCGGCGACCACGACCCUCCCCGUUACCACCACGGUUCUCUCGAAGACGUCGACUGAGAGCACCCCUACGCCGAGUGCCACUGUGCCGCCCCCCACGACGACUCCUAUCGUUACCAGCAUUCCCGCCACGGCCACCAUCACCGACGCUCAAUCCUGGCUGCCCAGCACCAUCAUUGUGGAGCAGUCCACUUCGCUCAGCACGCCUACGGAGGCUCUGGCCCCGACCUCGACGAUCCCUCUGCCCUCUGAUCUUCCUAAGGUCAUCAGCGGUCCGGACCCGAACAUCGAGCAGCCCAAGGACACAAUCAUUCUCCAGAUCGGCUUCCUGCAAGGCGAGAACUACAACUUCGUUAGCAAGAACCCCAACGCCGCUGCUCAGAUCUUCACGUGCCUCCCCAAGGCUUUGGCCGAUGCGGCUGGCCUCGACAUUAGCCAGAUCCAGAUGACCAAGCUCGUCCCGUACGACACUUCCCAGACUCUCGGUUACAUCACCACACUGGCCAAAUUCUACUACCCCAAGAGCAUGGUCGACACAUUGCGCAUGGACAUCAAGAUUCCCAACUCGGCCUUGUACAACAACCCGGAUCAGCUCGUCUUCAACCUCACCCAGAACAUCAACCCUGCCAUUGAAAUCAUUCCCGGCCAGGAGAGUGACGGCACUUCCCCGGAUGGAGACGGAUCGUCGACGACUUCCCCCCCCAACAACCCCAACGACCCCUUCGGCCCCGGCAAUGACGGCUCCAACCAACAGUCUCCCAUUCAGAAGGGUACGGCCGCCGCUAUCGGUAUCGGAGCCGUGGGUGUUGCUGCAGCGUACGGUGCUGCCAUGUUCAUCAUUGCCCGCCGCUACAAGCAGAAGAAACAGGCCCACCGCCGCGCCAGCUCCCUCACCUCAUCCGAGAUACGCUACAACGGUGCUGGCAGUCCGCCCAUGAUGGGCGGUGCCCUGAUGAGCCAGGACUUCUCCAACUACGGCGGCGUCGCUGGUGGUCGCGAAAGCCACGGCAGCGGCCGGACCAGGGGAAGCGGCCCCGGCAACUCUGCGAGGACGGCCUACAUCUCGGCCCCCGUUGCUGCUGAGAACUCUCUCGGCUGGAACUGA